AUGUCAGGCUUCCGCCACGCCUUCUCGCUAUCCAAGCAGCAGGUCCGAGAUGCCCUUCCUCCGGGGACGGUCUCGUUAUCAAGUAAACCCUCUACACCCAUUUCUCAAGCAACUGAUACAAAACACGCCGGGGAACUCGUUCUGCAACCGCAACCCUCCUCCGACCCCUGCGACCCGCUCAAUUGGCCAACCUGGCGGAAAACGGUCGUGCUAGCAUGCAUGUCCGUCUUUGCCUUUGUCGGAAACUUCACAUCUAGUAGUAUUGCCAGCGUGUUUCCUCUGUAUGCGACACCGCUUGCAUUCAACCCGCCCGUGUCCAUUGGGAGGCUGAGUCACUUGGUUGCGGUAAAUGUUCUCAUGAUGGGCGCGUCGAAUAUAUGGUGGGUGCCGCUAGCGAAUACCUUUGGGCGGAGACCCAUCAGCCUGCUCAGCAUAUUGAUCCUGCUCUUUUGCUCUCUGUGGGCGGGUCUGGCAGACACUUUUGACAGUUUGCUUGCGGCGAGAUUCUUUAUGGGGGUUGGUGUUGGGCCGGCAGAUACGAUAACGGUGAAGGUUGUGCUGAUGGUGGUAGUUGCGCCGAAUGUGAUUGGAGAGAUAUACUUUACGCAUCAGAGGGGGAAGGCUAUGGGCUUCUACACUGUCUUUCUAUGCCUGGGCUCGCUGGUCGGAGGGAUCUCGGGCGGAUACAUCGCAGGUCACGGGCUGGAAUGGCUGCACUGGGUGAAUGUCAUCAUCUGCGCGGUCCUCUUCGUCGCUUGUCUCAUCUUUGUCCCUGAAACGCUCUACAAACGCGACGAGCCUCCUCCAGUUAUGAGUUCAGAGAAGUCAACGUCGAAAGAGAUCGAAAGCGCACAGGUGGAAGAGGUGGUUUACCCCCCUGCGCAACAAUAUCAGGAAUUCACUUUCGUCCGCUCAUUGAAACUAUACACCUACCACGGCAACCUCGGCAAGAACUUCCUCGCCCCCUGGCUCACACUCCGUCUCCCGGGCGUCUGGCUCGUCAUGCUCUGGUACGCCGGGCUGGUUGGCGGUGUUGUGACCCUCAGCACCGUCGGUCCAACAAUCGUCGCCUACCCGCCCUACGGCUGGGGGGAGAAUGCCGGGCUGAUCAACGUCGGCGGCGUCAUCGGCUCCUUUCUAGGUGCGGCUGUGACAGCAGCGCUCGCAGACCGAGCAAUUGUCACUAAGAAGACGAUCAAGGACGGCGAGUUCAGCGAGCCUGAGGCACGAUUGCCCGUUGCAUUGCCCGGGCUGAUUCUCGCGACGACGGGACUAUGGACGUUCGGAUUCUGCGCGGAGAAUGGAAGCCCAACGAUGUGGAUUGGGAUGCAGUUUGGAAUUGGUAUGCUGGCGUUUGGACUCAUGCAGGCGCCGUCCGUGGGGUUCAACUAUGUACGCUCCCUCCUUUUCCACCACGGCAUUUCCCAAGCGAAGUCAAGAGCACUAACGGUCGUGCAGGUAAUUGACUCCUAUCGCUCCGUUUCAGCAGACUGCUUCGUGGCGAUUACCUGCAUGCGAGCCAUCAUCAGCUUCUCGUGGACGUUCUUUGUGGGCACGUGGGUGGAAAAUGCUGGGCCCGCGGUUCCGUUCGGAGUGUUUGGAGGGUUGCUGGGGUUUUUUGCCCUGUUGUUGUUUCCGCAGUGGUAUUGGGGGAAGAGGACGAGAAUUGCGACGGCGGCGUGGGUUUGA